CAUGUGACCGUCAGACCUCGGCAGAUUUCCAUCCAAGCUCUUCUUGGUCAGCGGUGUUGCUGUCCAGACAGAACCUGGGACAAGAAGAUCGCAUCGCCUAAAAACAUCGUUCAAAGUCCCGACCUUCCACUUCCAUUAACCUUCUGCUCAUGCUGUAUUCAAACCCGCAAAUAUGAUCUGCCGAGUCUGCCAACGCGCCCUGGCUGGGCACCGCACCCCGAUUGCCACACCAAAUGCCCUCCUCCGUCCCUCGUCAAGGGCACUCUCUACUGCGACUGCCCCAUCUCGGACGCUCCCCUCAAUCGCCGCGUCUACCAGUGUCCCUUCGGCUCUCCCGAGAAAUCUUGCACGACUAGACAGGCUGAGCACUAUCCGGCAAUACUCCCAAUCGGCCACCGAGUCUUCAUCCUCGUCUGCGUCUCAGUCUCCGUCUCCCUCUUCGUCCUCCCCCGCCCCACCGACAGUAGAAAAGCCAGACCACCUGGACAGCGCCGAGUCCUGGAUCUGGGACAAGCUGGCAGCGGAGUUUGCGCCCGUGGAGCUCGACGUGCGCGACGUCUCGGGAGGGUGCGGCAGCAUGUACGCCAUCGACAUCGCGUCGCCCCGGUUCGCCGGCUUGACGAUGCUCAAGCAGCAGCGCAUGGUCAACGCCGUGCUGGGCGACCGUGUCAAGGAGUGGCAUGGACUCCAGCUGCGCACCAGGGUGGCUUGAUGGGGCUUUACACUCCCGUGGCCGCUAUGCAGCGCGAAAUGAAGACUUCCUAGCUCGAAGACAACGGGACUCUUUCCAGGCCGACUGUCCGGGGGGCAUUGGCAUGACGACGGUACAAGAGGGUAUCAUAGCGUUUGUAUUAUAUCUGCAUAAUGGGGACUGUCGUCCAGGGAUAGACCUCAGGAGACUCUCGAAUCUAUACAUGAAAUGAUACUGCUGCUAGGCUUGGGGGUGGAUGGACGUGAAUGGAGGACUGGAAACAGGGUGCGGAGUAAUUAUCGAUCCGGGAUUGAAUACCUUAAAGACCAUCGCGAUGUAUUUUGACGGAUAUAUUCUGACGACACGCACAGUCUAACCUGGAAAUGGGUUCUCGUGAGCUAAGUACUAGGUAAUUGUAAUUGUAAUUCCUAUUUUGCACCCCG